UAAAGCUAUAUCAAUGAGUAACUCUAGCUAUAAUUUUGAUGGAUCUUCAACAUUGAUUGACCUUAUGUCAACCAAAAAAAAACCGAAGGAAACUGACACUUUAACGUCAGAUGUAUUUUCACAGCCACAUACAAUAAAAUCUUUAACGGAUGAAGAAGAAGAAAUAUUAUACAAAAUGUGUGGCUAUGUUGUGUUCAAGCUUAAACAGCGAAUAAAGUGUAUUAAUUGUUACUCUAAAUUAUUACAUUCAAAUCCAGUUUUGCAUCCUAGAAACGGCUUUUUGAUAUGUUGUGAAUUCCUGAAGGGAGCUCUUGUUUCAGUUUCCGAUGAAGUAUUUCAACUCUUAAAAGCAGUAGAACUUAUUAUAAGAAACGUAAAGAAUACUGUAGUAUGAGAUUGUGUCAGAUAGCAUCAGAACUAAGCAGUAUGUCUCCCAAUAA